CCCUAACUGAGUGAGAUGUGAGAUGUUCACUGACGGAGCCGCCCGGUCCGACUGUCGUUGAGCUCUCUGCUGUAGAGGGAAAAGUUGGUGAGGAUGCACUGAAGCUGUGAAAAGUACCAAGAACCCAGACUCAGUUUCUCUGCAGCGGUACACAGCUGUUCUGUUUUCCAAGUAUGAGGAGCAUCGGGCCGACUGAACGGUCCAAACAGUUCUUCAGAAAUGACUAACCCCGAACCACAGAAGGAUUCCCAGCCCCCACUUUAAAGCCACAUACAGUAUUUUUAUUUUUCCUAUUUCCAUUCAUUGGUGCUCAUCACACAGUGAGUGCACUGCAGCCGCUGGGGACAAUGUCUUUUUUGAUGAAAAAGAAGAAGUUUAAGUUUCAGGUGCACUUCACACUGGAGGAACUCACAGCAGUGCCUUUCGUCAAUGGAGUGCUUUUCUGCAAGAUCCGGCUGAUUGAUGGUGGGGACUUUGCCAUCUUAUCAUCCAGGGAGGAGGUGCAGCAGAACUGUGUUCGAUGGAGGAAGAAGUUCUCUUUCGUGUGUAAAAUGAGCGCUAAUGCCAUCACCGGAGUGUUGGACCCAUGCGUCUGCAGGGUCUCUGUACGCAAGGAGCUAAAAGGAGGAAAGACCUUCUCAAAGCUAGGUUUUGCUGAUCUCAAUAUCGCAGAGUUUGCUGGUUCAGGCUCCACAGUUCGCUGCUGCAUCCUGGAGGGUUAUGACACCAAAAACACUCGACAGGACAACUCCAUCCUCAAGGUAACAAUUGGGAUGACUCUUCUGUCUGGGGAUCCCUGCUUUAAAACGCCUCCCAGUACGGCCAAAUCAAUCUCCAUCGCGGGCGAGGACCCCACCCUGCAGCUGGACUGUAAGGGUGAGAGCACCGAUGCCACAGUGCAGACAGUAGGAGGCAUCGUGGAGGGUUCUCGAGUCUUUAAACCCAGGCAGUCGUCAGUACGUAGCUCAGGGCUGCCUGAGGAGGGAGAGAGUGUGUCCAGCCCAGAUGAGGUCUUUCACACCGGCCAUUUCCGUAGCUCCAGCUAUGCUAGCCAGCACAGCAAGAUCUCAGGCUACAGCACAGCUCACUCUCGCUGCUCCAGCCUGACUGACCUCAGCCACCAAAGGAAUGCCUCCUCCAGCAGCAGUGUCUCCUGUGGUCUCGCCCACCCCCCCAGCUGCCUCCCUCCAGCCCCACCCAGCCGCACCGACAAGCAACCCACCAAACCUGAGAGACCUCCUCCACCCUCCGCAUCAGCGCUUAUGUCUAACAGAUCCUCCAGGAGGAAGAAGGACACUGUGGAGAGGCAGCCCAGCUGCGUGGACGACACCCGCAUUGAUGCAGACGACAUUGUGGAGAAGAUUGUCCAGAGUCAGAACUUCUCCGACAGCAGCAAUAAUGAAGACAGCAACUUGAGACUGUUUGUCAGCAAAGACGGGACCACCGCCCUUAGCGGGACACAGCUGGCCAACAGAGGAACACCUGGUAUUUUUGAGCCGGUGGUCAUUGAGAGUCACUAAGAGACACAUCAAGACGUCUCCAGCCUAAUCGACUGCUUGUCUGUGACUGUGUAUGUGCAAGUAUGUUCAUGCACAUCUUCAGUGCAUACAGCUUGAAAUAAGACAGCUAUGAUGUAGAUGUCAAGCCUUACUAGUAUAUUUAAUCAGGUGGUGGGAGGUGUGUAAGUGGAGAGGACCUUUUUUUAAAAUCUAAAAUGAAGAAAGAAGCAGGCCUUUAUUUCUAUUUUACUUGUGUUCUAAGUACAGCUCCUGUUUGCCUUGUUAAUUCACAGUUCCUGUUGCUUCCUGUUGCAGAUUAAACAUGUCCACAUGUCUGUUUUACAUUAAAAGACUUCCAGCAGUCCAGGGAAAAUAGUUCCUCCCCUUUCCUGGAAAGCUUUUAUUGUGGAACAUCUGCAGGAAGUUUCAUUACAGCAGUUUAAACCUGCAGUAGUACAUGAGGCAGAUAAUCUCUGAAAAAAUCGAGUUCUUUCAGCCUCUGUGAUUGGUUGUUUUGGUUCAGGCCUGGUGGAUUCUUGCAAAUCCCAUUAGGAGCACUAGGAGGAGCCAGAGGAACCAGAUUUUUCAUAGAUUACCUUUCUCAUGUACUACUGUCAGGAUAUAGUGAAAGUUUCAGAAAAUAUGACUAAAAGUUAUUUUUAUAAAAGUCUACUGCACAUUUAACACUGGCAAAGCAGAAUCAAUCAGAAUGACUUGAACAGUGAGUACAAAUUGUUUUACACUCAUGUACAGGAAUUAGUAAUUUAUGUUCUCACCUAUUUUAUGUGCACAAAUAAGAAACUCUGGAAUCAAUGUCAAGUUAACAAAGUUAUACUUCCUGGGGUCAGUUAGAGUGUGAGCAGCCUGAGUGUUAGCAUCAGGCUAGCUGUUGUAAUUUUGGUGUUGAGGUGCCUUAAAAUACUGAAUUCAUUCUUUCAAAUUGAUACUGUGUGGAAAAGAGUCUUAGUGAUGGUGUAACUAAAGUUUUUACUGUGAAAGAAUAUGGCACUACCAUAUAACACCCACUUUUUAAAUUGGGUUUGCUCUUACAUUCAGUAGGCCAGUGGGAGUAGAGGGUAUUUCAACCUUAAUAAUUCACAUAAAUUGAGCUGACCUACCAUCUAAUAAUGAACCUUGUAAACAGCAUAAAGUAGCAGGACAUGGGACUAAAAACUUAAAAAAUAAGCACAAAUCUAUCUAUACAGAGACAGCUGUUCCACUUUGCCACGGCGAUGCAGUUUGUUACAAUAAGAUCCCAUUGGACAGACAACCAAAACAGCAGACAGAUAUUAGAAAUAUAUUACUUGGAGAUUAAAUAAAGUAGUUGUAGUUAUGUCCAGUCCAUCCACUUCUAUGGAGGCAGACACUCACCCAAGCCUGUUUCUUUAAUUUUUUAACUAUGUCAACUGUUGAUCAGCAAUUACAUGACAUGAUUGUUCGUCUAACUGGCCACUGGGUUCCUAUAGUUAAAAAAAACUAUGCAGUAUUAUUAUGUUUCUAUUAAAGUGGAAAAGACUUUGCAUUUAUCGACAGUCAAACUAUAGAGUCUGCUUUCACCCAAAAGGCAGCGGGGGCAUACCACACGGAAAGUACCCAGAUGGGCUGCUCUCAUCUAUGUAAGCAUAUGUUUCACAAUACUAGCCAGCUAGAGUAGGUGUCUAAUGCCAUGCAAAUAUGUCAGGGCAUGGAUAGACAUUUGUUAACAUUCAGUUGUUUCAUGUGCAUACAUUUUUAGUCUGAGAGCAUUAAUUACUCAUUUUUGUACACAUUUUUUUCACUCCUUAGACAAAGAGAUGAGUAUUUCAGGAGGAGACAUGACUCUUGUUAUACUGAUAACACAUGUACUAUCUGCAUUGUAGUAGUAUUUUCUGGGCUGUAAUUUAAGCUCCAGAUUCUAUUUGAGAAUUCACAGUCAUACAAUAAUCAUUUCCUUCACACACUCUUUGGUUCAGUAAUUGUCUGAAGAAGGGCCCAUUGUGAAACACACCCAGUGAGACUUUGACCAGUGCAAAGUGCACAAAUUACUUGAAAACCACUGCAUUUUGAGAAUUGUAGUGCAACACUGAAAUAACGGUGCAUUCAGGAGGGCCCUCGUCAGCUUGUAAAACUGAACAUUUCUGAGUUUACCACCAGGAAGUAGUACCUGAUGUGCUAAACAAAGUACGGGACAUUACACACUGGUGGUAAAGUCAGAUAAUGGAAGACAGUGUUUCACUUGAACACAUGACGGAGAACUGGAAACGUGUUAAGACGUUUAUUUACAAGUUGAUGAGAGUCCUCUACAGAUCAGCUUGGAUCUGGAACUGAAGCUUUUAUGCUUUUAUUAUAUUUUGAUGCUAUUUGAUCACCGUAUAUAGGUACUUUAUUAUACUAUUUUGCACAUGUGUAGUCUUUGAGGAAAAUUGUUAGAAACCACUAAAUGAUAUGGAGAUAGCACGGUUGUCCAAAAUGUAAUGGAGACAGUUAGGGCCGUAUGUGAAAAAGUCAAAAAGGAAAAACAUGGCCCUAAUCGUCUCCGUAAAAAUGACAUAUGACAUGUUAUGUUUUUGUUCUUUAUUCUUUUCCAUGUUUCAAUUUCAGUAUUGUUGUUAUCAGACAAAUUCUGUCAGUCUGCUUUCAUAUGGCUGGCCAUAUGUAACCGUCCAUCCUCUGCACUUAGCUCAGUACUUAUUCACUUUUUGACUUUGAAUGCUCUUGUAAGCUUAUCUAGAUUUUAUGGUGAUGUACUUUCUUGCCCACUUUUUUUUUUUUUUUUUUUAGAUCUUUGUCCCAACCCAGGGUACACAUUAAGCAUACAAAAGUGGAACGCAAGUAUUUUAUGAGAGGGUUAAAAACAUACAUUGACCAUUACAUUGCAACAGGCUGAAUAGAAAAGUUACUUAAUUGAUUUUAGCUACGAAAUAAGCUGUAAACACAGGAUUGACCUAUUAUUAAAUUAUAAAGUUAUAAGCAAACAGUUGCCAAUUUACACAUCCAGCAGACACAGAGCAACAUAAGCAUUAAUUUGGAGUCAUAUUUGUCUGACCUGAUUAAUUUAAGUCCAAUAUUUACUCUCCUAUAGCUCUGGUUUGGUCUAUUUAGCUGCUAAAUGUUCACCAGCUAAUCGCUAACUUUUUCUUUUUUUUUUAUCUGCUGUUUGCUGUUGAAAAUUAGUGUACAGUGGGUUUAUCAGAGAUUUCAGCUGCCUGCUGGAAAUGGGAUUGAUAAGAGUAGGGUCUGUGGGCUGGAAAACCAAAACAGUGAGCUAAAAGAGGCUAAAAAGCUAUGUAGAGCUGAAGGGAAAAGCAGAGUUGGUGAGGAUUUGCUGUCGGUUUUUCCACAACAGGUGACUAAUUUAACAUCACACAUAGUUUUUUGAUCCAUUGUUAAUAUUAAAAGAUUUAAACCACCUUUGUUAGUCUUUCCAACAAUCACCAAGUCUGCCUUUGUUAAAAUAAACUCUUAAUUCACCGAUGUAGAUGAGAGCUACGAAACAGGCUGCGAUGGCUGCCAUGUAACAUUAGCUAAUCCUUGGGGACAAAUGCAGCCAUUAAAGUACGUCCACUAAAAGUAGUGGUUUUUGCCACUGACUAGCUCAGAUUGUUAUUCUCAGUGUUUGAACGCAAUAUGGAACUGUUCCAACAAUCACCAACUCUGGUUUGGUGGAAAUAUAUUGAUUAAAUUAAAGAUGAUUCAAAAACAGCAGUUUCAGUGGCUCUACUCAGCUGCACACUGAGCACACCGGCUAUAGAAACAAACCACAGAGAGGCUGUGAUAGCAACACAGGCAGAGGGAGAGUGACACUACGACUCCACUAUAUCUUUACAUAGAGAAUGGUUAUUUGCUUCAUCAUCUUCAUCCGUGUUUUAAAUCUCAUAUUUUAUAUAUAUAUAUAUAUAACAAUUAUGAGUGCAGCUUUAAUGUAUGAUAUUUAAACAUUGAUUGAAUGACACAACCACAGCUUGUGUCAUUUUGGAGGAUCUAGAGUGGCAGAUGGAUCAGUGAUUGAUGAUCAGUUGACCAGAUAGUUUCAAGAUAUUUAUUUGAGUCAGUCAGCCAACUGCAUGUACCCAGCUAUCAGAGGCUCGGAUUCAUGGACCUGACAAGAAGAAUACUGGCCUCCUAUUUGCUGCUGCCCUGCCUACAUUAUGGCGUCACACUGACUGCACAGUAUUCACCAAAAAGACUCCAGCCAGAACUUGUUGCACUUUGUAGUUUUAGGCAGUUUUUGUUUUGUGAGGGAGCUGCAAUAUAUCAAAUAACUCAUAGUAGAUUAAAAAGGAACUUUUUUUCCAUAUCAUAGCUGAGUAGCAUGUGUAUACUCUGUUCUUUGUGUAUAGAGCUACUGUGACAGUGAUACUGUAGGCCUGCUGUUGGCUGUAGUGAGCUAAGCCCCACAGCUGCAGCAGCACAAAGCCACUGUUGUACCAGGACUGACAAUAUACAAUAGAUCCUCACCCCACAGGAUUCAUGUGUGUUUGUGUAUCUGCAGUGUACGGUUGUUGAACUGUAUGUGUGAAUGUUCCACUAUAUGCAUGCUGGCCAUGCAUGUUUGAUGUGAAAGGUUGCAUCAGAUACGUGAAAAGCUUCCUUUUUAUUUCUGCUGUUGUCCAUCUAGCCCUUGUUAAUUGAGUGCUGCAGGGAUGAUGUAAUAAGCCAAUGGGAUUUUUUCAUUUUAUUUUAGAUUGUUGCAUCAAAUAAAAUAUGUGGUGAGCAAAGGUUAAUAAUACUGGCAGGUUUUGUUCAGCAAGAUAAUCUUAACAAAUGAAAACUACCUUUAUGAUUUUUGAAGCAUAAAAUUACGGAAGGUGACAACUGUCACUGACAGCCUCUGUAGUCUUAUUUAGACACAUGGCUUCAACAUUCAGUCAUAGAACAAACGCCUCUCAAACUUGAAUGAACCUCAGACCUUAUUUCAGACUUCUAAAUAAAAAAACAAAAAAACAGAUUUUGAGGCGAGUUCCAGCUUUUAGCACUCAUUCCUGCAGCACUCCAUACUAGGUAAAUACUGCAUAAAUCAACUGUACACAAAUACUGGUGAACACGGGGUAUACUGGGGAUAACUUUUCACUGCCAUCCUCACUAAGGCACAAGAAUGUAUAUAGUAAAAUGUCUCUAUUAUUUCUGUACCUUUACACAAAUGUACUAUUCUCUCUGUUUCUACCAAUGGCAGUCCACAUUUAUCACUCCAUGCUUUAUAAAUGUAGUUCUCUACAGUGUACGUACAGGGGCUCAGUCCCUUGGAAUUUGGAAUUAUAUGUGGGGUUCCACUCAGAGAACCGUGGUUACACAUGGAACCCUCCAAUCUGUUUUUUUCUUUUGAUUUUCAGACUAGCUGGCUGGUCUAGAGAUUUGUACAUAUUUGUAUGUAAAAGUUAAUAUUGUAUGGUGAGAUGGGACUGAAAGAAUAUUAUUUACAGUGAAGGGUGUGAUUAUUAGAGAAUACAUGCAGGAAAGGGGACCAUUGUUGUUGGUGAAUUGUCUACUACUGUGAUUUGUUCAAGAAAUACUCUGUCCUUUGUAAUUGACAUGCUCGAACCUGUUGCCUUAUUAAUUACAUUUAUACAGCUAUUUUUUUCAUGUGGUGAAAGGGUAUUUUCAUUCCUGAUAAUCUGAAAUGAAACAGAAUCAUUGCAUAAUUAGGUAUAUGGAUUAUAGUGAAUUUGUAGCUGUAGUGCUGAUUUUAUUUGCAUAGAAAGAAGGUUUUGGUGAGGAGAAUAUAAAAACUUUUAGUCAAUUAUUAAAUUCAAAUUAGGCCAAGCAAAUGGGACCUAUACCUGUCAAUAAUUAAUAUAAUUAUUAUUAAUGCAUAUAAAACACUUCUCUUACCAUUAAUAUGUCCAAUAAACACCAUUCAAUCUACAUGUUGGCACACUUUUGUUGUCCUUUGUGAAUCUUUUUUUUCUUCAGUAACAUUUUAAAUGGAAAUACAACCAUUUUCUCUUGUAUUAAAUUGCUGAGAAUUACAUAUUAAAGUCACGUCAGUGAGUUGAGAUUAUCUGUUCUGUCAAUAGCUGUAUGUGAACAGUGUUGAGUAAUUAAUUAUGAUUUACAUAAACAUGCAUACCAAAUUAAAUGGUAAAGCUUGAAAUCAUCAUCA